GGGAGCCGGGGCACUAACGAUGCUGGCCAGGGGGCUCUUGAGUGGGAGGCUGGACUUCUCGCUGCCUCAGUUUCCUCAGCACUAUCUCUGGGAGAAGUCAGGCGACAAGGCAACGGGCCAAACGCGCGCCUGCACACAGUCCGAUUGUCCUUAGGCUGUCCCCGCGCUCCCCACCCGCCCAAGUCUGAUGGAGAAGGCUCCUCUCUGGGCGCUGCCUCCCAAGCCCUUUAAAAGCCAGUCCUCCCGUUCGAGCCUCUCGUCAUUCCAUUGGAAAGGCUCUUGAUCCCUACUCCAGAAUUAACUGCUCAGGCUGCCGCGGGAGAAUUUUUUCUCGGAGCUGUAACUGCGCAGGUGCAAGGCAGCAAACCCGGAAGGCGGAAAAGCCGGUUGAGGCCGCCGGGCUCGGGGGCGGAGAGCGUGUGAACCAAUGACCUGAAGGAGUUAGGGAGGGCGGGAUUAGGCCCGCGGUUACUUAACGCUACCCUGGUGGGAGGUGAUUUAAGAAAUGGGGUGAAGGGUGCCUCAACGGCUCUUCGUGUCACCGUCCUUGUGGCCCGCGGAAGUUAAGCAGCAGAGAGGAGGGCCUAGCGCCGGAAGCAGGAAGGAGGGCGCAGGAAGCAGGGCCCCGUAGCCAGUAGCGCUGUCGGUCCGUGGGUCUGUCGGUCCCGAGGGCAGGAUGGAGAAGCUGCGGCUCCUGGGCCUCCGCUACCAGGAGUACGUGACUCGUCACCCGGCCGCCACGGCCCAGCUGGAGACGGCAGUGCGCGGCCUCAGUUACCUGCUGGCAGGUCGUUUCGCCGAUUCGCACGAGCUGUCAGAGCUGGUGUACUCUGCCUCUAACCUGCUUGUGCUGCUCAAUGACGGAAUCCUACGGAAGGAACUUCGGAAAAAAUUACCCGUGUCCCUGUCCCAGCAGAGGCUACUGACAUGGCUGAGCGUGCUGGAGUGUGUGGAGGUGUUCAUGGAGAUGGGGGCCACCAAAGUGUGGGGCGAAGUAGGACGUUGGCUCGUCAUCGCCCUCAUCCAACUGGCCAAGGCUGUACUUCGGAUGUUCCUGCUGAUCUGGUUCAAGGCUGGCCUCCAGACCUCACCCCCCAUCGUUCCGCUGGACAGGGAGACCCAGGCACAGUCCCGGGAUGGUGACCACAGCGCUGGUAGCCAGGAGCAGUCAUAUGUGGGGAAGCGGUCAAACCGGGUGGUGCGAACCCUCCAGAACACUCCGUCCCUGCACUCCAGGCACUGGGGGGCCCCGCAGCAGCGGGAGGAGCUGGGCGUCGCCCCCACCCCACUGGGGCUGCAGGAGACCAUCGCUGAGUCCUUGCAUAUCGCCCGGCCCCUGCUGCACUUGCUUAGCCUGGGCCUCUGGGGUCAGCGGUCGUGGACACCCUGGCUCCUGUCCGGUGUCGUGGAUGUGACCAGCCUGAGCCUCUUGAGCGACAGGAAGGGCCUGACCCGGAGGGAGCGGCUGGAGCUGCGGCGCCGGACCAUCCUGCUGCUCUACUACCUGCUGCGCUCCCCGUUCUACGACCACUUCUCUGAGGCCAAGAUCCUCUUUCUACUCCAGCUCCUGGCAGACCACGUCCCAGGCAUUGGUCUGGUCACAAGGCCGCUCAUGGAUUACUUGCCCAACUGGCAGAAAAUUUAUUUCUACAGUUGGGGCUGACGGACAUUCUGGAAGUGGGGUGUGGGGAGGGGCAGGGGGUGCCUCAGCUCUUCAAGUCCCCUGGGCCCCUCUGCCCUAAUAAAACUGACUCUGGCAGUGUCCA